AUGCGAACUCAACAAAACACUAAUGUGAGCCAUAAUGCAACACUUGUGGUGAUUUCUUUGAAACGCCAAGGUGUUAUCUCUUUCUCUUAUCUUAGUGGUUCAAAUCAUAAGGCGAUAGCGGUUAAUUAA